AUGUCCGGGUCAGCUUUGACCACUGCCAAAUCGGUAGUCGAAAGGAAGACCAGCUGUGUUGUGUUUGCUCCCAACGAGGCGACUGCUUCUGCAUUCACAUCAAGAUCAAGAUUCCGUGAGUUUGCCGCCAGUCACGGACUUCCGGUCCCGGAAUCGCACGAGGUGAAGUCGCGCGACGAGAUCCAUCGCAUUUUAAAUCAGUCCAGAGGUAAACAGCGUUACAUACUGAGCCAAACCAACGGCUCUGGACUCGCCGGCCCCCGAACUUCUCUCCCUCGGCGGACCCUGAGCCAGACAUAUGACGAGGUUGCGCGAAUCAAGAUUGCGCAGAGCUCCAUCCUUCGUCUGGAUCAGACACUCGAAGAUGGCGACAGAUAUCGGAGCACCAGUGUUGUAGUAGGCGGGCGUGUGGAAGCGUUCUCGGCAUGCAACUUGAAUGAUGCCGGCGCCAGCACGGCCAUACGGUCCACGAAUCCGGUAAUACAGCCAAUGUUGCAAUUCCAUCAGUCGCUGGGCAAGAGGCUCAAGAAUUACAACGGUCAUUUGACAGUCGACUUCUGCGUGGACGAGCAGCAGUCAAAUGGUCAAUCUAUCGAGAAGCGCGUUCUACCGAUUACAGGCCAGUGCUCAGCCGACGCGGCACUCCUAUAUUUCCAGGGAAUUGAGAACGCGAUUGCUCUCGUCCGCGCCUACAUCUCAGUCUUUGGCCGCGAAGCGAACGGUUUCCUCAAAGCGCCAGGCACAUCCGUUGCGUUGCCUUUGGUGACCACGAAGAAGGGCGCCGCCGAAGUUGGCGUCUUCGCUUUUGGUCCCGCUGUCUGCCAGCUUCUCCUCGCGCCAGUGCUGCAGCUCUUCAACUUUCAACUGGAGAGCCUCUUCUAUCUUAUGGGCUCGUCCUUGGCAUUUGCGAAACAGGUCUGCUUCUGGCACGAAGUGAUCUACGACUUCAGUGAUCCUCUGCCGUUCUUCUACUUCUACUUGGUCUACGUGCACUACAGCUGGUCUUGGCAGCGAUGA